AUGGUCUCUAUCAAGGCACUGCUUCCUCUCGCCCUCGUUGGCCUUGCGACAGCCCGGAACUGCACCAACAUCAUCAUCGAGACUCCUAUCGUCUCCCGGCAAGGGAAGUUUCGAGAGGUGACGCUUGAGAGCAAUGUGGACGUCAGCGAAUUCGCAACUCGGCUCGCCAAGUUCCAAAGCAACUAUACUGCAGAGUUGCUCGAGGGAUACCAGACUUUGGAAAAGACCUUCAACAUAUCUGCUCAGUACUGCGAGCCCGAUGGUGGAAGCAGUGAUACCAUUCAGGUAUUGACUCACGGUGUUGGGUUCGACAAGACAUACUGGGACUUGGAGUACGAUAAUUACAACUACAGCUACGUCAACUCUGCUCUAGACGCAGGAUACAGCACACUUGCAAUUGACCGUCUCGGCAUCGGAAACUCGUCGCAUGGAAAUCCCUUCAACGAAAUCCAAGCCCAAGCCUCACUCGAAGCCAUCAACUCGCUCACCCUCCAGCUCCGCAACGGCACAAUCUGCGCCAUCGGCCGCCCCUUCAAAAAAGUCAUCCACGUCGGCCACUCCUUCGGCUCCAUCCUCUCCUACUGGCUCUCCGCCAAAUAUCCCUCCAACACCGACGGCCUCAUCCUCACCGGCUUCUCCGUCUCGGGCCAAUUCCUACCCUACGUAAUCGCCGGCUGGAACCUACACAGCGCACGCCUCAACCAGCCCUUCCGCUUCGGCAAUGCCUCGAACAGCGGCGUCAGGAAACUCGCAACCAGAUACGCCCUAGCCUCCAACCUCGCCUCGGGCCUCGACAAAAUCCUCAAGUUCGCCGGUGUCAAUCUCGCAGGAAACGACAUGUGGAACAUGCUCUUCACCACCGAAUUCACCGACUUCUUAACCGGAUACAAUACUACGGUUCAAUCGCUAAACUACCCUUCGGGAUACAUGGCGCACUCCAGCCUCACCGCUCUCCAAUACGUAUUCCUGCAGCCCGCCAACUACGACAUUAACCUCGCCAUCCACGGUGAAGCGACAAAGCAAGCUGUGACAGCAGGCGAGUUGCUUACUAUCGGUAGCUCCCCCUCCUCCUCGCCUUUCACAGGCCCUGUGCUCGUUAUCACCGGCGAAACAGAUGUACCCUUCUGCGGCGGAAAUUGCUAUGGAAAGCUACCCGGGAUGCAGUUUGAGAAUAUGAUUCAGGCGGCUGAUCUGGCGUUUCCCGAGAAGAAGGACGGGGUGAAGGUGCAUGUGCAGCCGGAGACGGGGCAUGGGCUUAAUUUUCAUUAUAAUGCUACGGGGGGUUAUGGGGUUAUGCGUGAGUUUCUGGCGAGUAAUGGGUUGGCUGCGUGA